AUGGCAAAAGGAGGCAAACUUUCAAAGCUGAAAUCGAUGCUAAAGAAAAUGCAGUCUUUCAAGCUUAGACGUGCCAACAGCAGCUCUGUUGUUGCCACCAACAACUUCUCCGACGAUGAUGAGUACUCUCACACCAAUGCUGCCAAAAACCUCCAUCCCGUUUACGUCGGCAAGUCAAGGCGGCGCUAUAUGAUCACUUCCGACGUGUUGGACAAUCCCCUGUUCCGGGAACUCGUGGAAUAUUCCAGCGACGGCGAGGACACGAUCAAAGUUGGAUGUGAAGUCCCGGAUUCAUCGGAGGAGAUGGUGGAGUUCUAUGCAUGCUGA